AUGGACGGCGUGUCAUAUGACUCUAAGAGUAAGAAGCUCUUACUAGACCCGGAAAUUGCUCAAUCAGCUCCUGCAUUAAAACUCGAAUUAGAUCAGCUCAAUGUUAUCACUCAAGAACUAAUAAAUCAGGGUAGUGACGUACCCCCUGUUCCCACGCCUGAUAACUUUAACAAAGAUUUAUCGAAAAUGAUCAAAAAACUAUACGAUAGUGGAGUUCAAUCUUUCAAGGUGGGUAAAUUUGAAGAUAGUGUACGUCAGUUUUCAGUGGGUAUUGAAAUGAUUCAGAGGAGACCCAAGUUGGAGUCUUUUGCUGGUACCAUACAAGAAUUGUCAAAGUUUUUAAUGAGUAGAUGUGAUGCUUAUUUGAAGACAAAGCAGUACUUGCAGGCUUAUAAUGAUGUCGAUUUACUAUUGAACAUGCAAAUGAAUGCACCAGAUAAUUUUUUAAGGCGAGGUGUUGCCAACUAUUUCUUGGGUAACUAUGAGUUGGCCAGAGCUGAUUAUCAAAGAGGGUUGGCGUUUGAUGAGAAUCAUCCAAGGUUGCAACAUGAAUUAACCAUCUGUUUGGAUAAGAUAUUGGAGGAAAAUGGUGACUACUUGUAG